CUGUCCAUAUGGGCUGUGUCUGUGUCUUGGCUUGAUCCAGAUAAUCUUUGUUGGAGGAUUAAAGCAAUGUCCCAGAGGAAGAGGACAUCCUACAUGGACGUGUUAUAAGGCUCCUACAACCUUUCAGGACACAUUUCACCUGCUGAAUAUAAUGCAUUCCACGCAGAACUCUAAUCACUGGACUUUAUCAGAAUUACUCGGGCAGCGGAAGCUGUUAGGGCUCGGAGCUCUGCUUGCAUGGCUUGUCCUCUUCCAUCUCCUUGUGAACGUUUGGCUCCUCUGCGUCUUCACCAGUCUCUUGGUGGUUCUAGGUGGGUGGCUCGGGUCUCGUGCUGUACUGGAUGCAAACAGCCUUCUCCACCUGGAACACUUUUUGCCUCUUGGCAAAGUUAGUCCACCUCUGUAUUCACCUGAGCAUGAGUGGAGGCUGAACCACGAGAUCCACAGUGCUGUCCACAAAGCGGUGCGUGACUUUGUGUCCUCAUGGUAUCGGACUCUGCUGCCAGAGGUGGAGGGGGAGUUUGAACGUGCGGUGCGUAACUCAAUGCUGGAGUCAGUGAUGGAGCUGAAGGAGCGUGCACAGCGAGUGGACAGAAAAGCACUGGUUCAACGGCUGCUAGAGUUGUAUGGCUGUCACCUGCAGAGCUACAUGACGGCACGACAGAUACAGUCAACGCAAAAGGAAGACAUUAGUCUCUGGCAGCUCUACAGUGAAGUAGAUGCCCCUCACCCAGCUGUGAGCAGUGCAGCCGCUGAGCUCAGCUACUCAAGAGUUCUAGUUAACCUGGUCUUACAUGUGCUUGUUCCAUAUCCCCAGUUGGAAACCAGGACUGGAGGUUACAUGGUUACAGAACUCAUCACCUGCAAUGUGCUGCUGCCGCUUAUAAGCAGGGUAUCUGAUCCUGACUGGCUCAACCAGACAGUGGUAGACAUAAUCAACAGGUCCAGAGAACCACAGGAAAUCAAUGUGGAUGAGCUCCCGGCAGCUGCACUGUACAGAUGUCAGAUCCAGCAGGAGUCCUGGACAACUUGCAUGUCACUGUCUUCUUCUGAUCCAGCCAGCCUCACCAGCAAAAGCACCUCUGACCUUGACGAUCUACUGAGCAAGAGUGAGAGGGAUUCCUCACAGAGCAGCAUGGUUAGCCUGACGUCUGCCGGGAAACUAGAAAGUAGCCACUCAGGUUUGCUCACACCAUGCAAAGUGAACUGCUGUUCCCUCACAUCUGGCCGUUCCUCCCACUCAUCAGAGUCCAAAAUGAUUUCUUUGGACUCCCUAAUUCAAUCAGACUCCGAAGAUGACCUGACAGGAGGCUUUUGUGACUGUGCUUCUCCAAAACAUUUGUGCAACGCGAUCACUUUAAAGGACGAUGAGGCCUUCGGCUGCUUUGGUCCUCUGAAAAAUCUUGGGCCGAAGGUGGUGGUCCCCGAGGAUGACCAGUGGCCAGCAGGUAUAGCCCAAGACAAAUCCCCAGCUUGUUCGCCAAGAAGACUUCGUCUAACCUCCUGCAAUUUUGGUACCCCCAACAUCCAGGCUGCGCCUGCAAACAUCCAGAAUGUGCAAAUUUCUGGUACAGUCACUGCGAAGGAGCAGCGUGGCACAGGCACACAUCCCUACACUCUCUACACUGUAAAGUUUGAGACAGUGACUGAAGCAGAAAAUGCCGGUACUCCGCAGCCUGCGUCCUGUCACACUGUCCACCGGAGAUACAGCGAGUUCCUCAACUUGCAAACACGUUUAGAGGAGAAGCCUGAAGUAAAGAAAGUGAUCAAGAAUGUCAAAGGCCCCAAAAAAUUAUUCCCUGACCUCCCAUUCGGCAAUGCAGACAGCGACAAGGUUGAAGCCCGUAAAAGCCAACUGGAUACGUUCCUUAAACAAUUAAGCAGCUUUCCUGAGACAUCCAACAGCGAGGACAUGCAGGAGUUCCUGGCUCUCAACUCAGAUGUUUGCACAUACUUUGGAAGAAAGCCUUUUGUCAAGUCAAGAAUUGAUAAGAUGAUGGAAAAUGCUUUAGACACCUUGAAGACAGCCUUCCCUCACCCUGAGCCCCUUAGCCCAGUGGAGGACCUUGAGGGAGAUGCUGAUGGAAGAACAAUGGACAACAAAAAGUACAGGAGGCUUAUGUUCCCAAGCAAAAUUUCCCCAUCUCUUCCCCACAUUCCUGACCUACAUCCUAAAGUGACAUACUGCUUUAGUGAAGGCAGCGCUGUCCUCAAUGGGAUGUCUCUGUCAGGCCUGGAGAGCUUUGUUACAGAGCAGGAAAGACUUUUAUGUGGGCCGAACAGGAAAGAGACAAGCAGGCAGAGCUGUGAGCAACCUGGCAAAGACAGGAAGACUUCAGGGAAAACUCACGGGACAGAUACAGCUGUUGCAGAUGUUGCUUUGAACAUCUUGUGUCUGCUGAUGAAGGACCAGUGGAGUUGGCUGUGCACUGAGAACAUACAGAAGACCAUCAGACUGCUCUUUGGCACCUUCAUUGAGAGCUAAACAUCCACGCUGGGUCAUCUUCCUCUUUAAGGGACGGCUUUAAGAGGCACUAAGUGGUUUGUGGCACAUUAAAGCUGCAUGACAUUCUCUCAGAUUGCCUUUCAAAAUAUUAUUUUUUCUUUCAGUGCAAUGAUUAUGACUUACUGGGAAUCUAGAAUUGCUGGGUCUGUUUUUACCACAUCGUCUGUGGGAACUGUGCUUGUCUAUUCUCUAGUGUUCUGCUGUCAUUAACUGAUUACACUGGCCUCCAUCUUUGGAACUGACAUAUGCCUCUGGGAGUUUUAAGGUUCACUAAGCAUUUGAGUAAAUUAUCUUAAUGCUCUUGCAAUGGCUUAUAGAGAUUUAUAAAUGCUUGUUGGUGUUGUCUUCCCUUGUGUGCAUGUCUUUCAUUCUCUCCUAAACAGUAAAAGCAUGUUUGCAUGUGGCUGAUAUCUAGAAGAAAAAUAAGACACACAUGCACAGAGGAAUAUUAUUACAAUAAACCAGUGAUUCUGUCUUAGAUGGUUGGAUGUAGGAGUUGCUCACCUUAUCAGUGCCCCCUGCUGGGUGAUUUACCUACAAGUGCUGCAGGAAGCUGUAUGGCCAGGUGGCACGCUGCCUGCCCAACCAGGGCCAGAUCGUAGUGCUGCAGAAAGACAAGAAACCAAGGAGGAAUGUCUGGACUGUCUAGUGCAGCUGCUCCCAGAGUUCAUCACUGACAUGCUGGGAAGUGAGAAGUACAGACUGAGCUUGGAGACUAUGCUGGAAUCUUUACAGGACCAUCAGAUAAACAAGCACCUGAUCUACUGCAUCUGCGACCUGCUGCUGGAGUUUCUGAUUCCCGAGUCAUGUGAGGAGGCCUUCCAGAGCUCUCUGCUGCAGAGCCUGGCCAAAGACAGUGACAGGGACACUCCUCACACAUGAUCAGCACAUGAUAACACUCACAGUAAUGUUUUAGUAUCAGUGUAUGAGGUUUGUGACAUAUUCAUAAUAGGCCUAUACUGGAGUCGCUGGUGUCCACGGGGUGAUGACACAGCAUGGCAGCAGUCAAUACCUGAUUGGUCAGUGGUAAAAGGGAGAUUGUUGUUCGCCUUUGUGCGGUCACAUCAGAAUCGUGUGGCUUCACCUGGCUUCAGAAAUUUAUAAUGAACUCCCCUUCUUUGUGACUUACUGUGACAUGAAGAGGAGAAAUGUAUUUAUAUUUUUGAAACAUUUUAAACAAGAUGUUACUGUUUAGAUUAAAGCUUUAUCUGGUUCAGUUUAAAGCUUCUCUCAGAAGCACCUUGAGUGUUGUUACUUUUGAUUUAAUGUUUGAAUUGAAGGAAACUUUAUAUGAUGACAGCUCUAAAAGCUAAGCAAUUUCCUUGCUCAGAAUAUCUGACUGUGAAUAGACAUGUAAGGUCAUCCCUGAACUGCACAGUUACAGUAUGUUAACUUGUGUCGUGCAGUGAAACUCUAAAAUUGGAUUGUAAUAAUAAGAGUUUGUAUUGGCAUAAGUAGUUUUACCUGACCAUCUCUGUGAACUGUUUAUGAAUGAAGAAAUUAGUCUGACCUUAAUAGUAAUGGAAAGGAAGAAUAGAUUUGUGUGAAAAGAGUUUUAAGAUUUGCCUCAUAUACUUUCAGUGUUAGUCUUCCCAUGAUCUUUUGAUCCUGACCAGCCUUCUCAGAGAAUCUUUUUCAUGAGCCUAUAGUAGUGUUAAACACCCUACUGCACGACUAAUGAAACAAGUUUCCUUUUAAAUUUGACAUAAAUGAUAAAUUAACAAAUUCAGCAGCAUCUAUUAAGAGUUUACAUAUGGCAACAAUGCUUUUAAGAUUUUCUCUCGCAAAGUAUGAAGCCAGUUUUUCUUGUGACAACAGUUGCUCAAACUUUGAGGGUAGUCAGGGUAAUCAGUAGCCUGAGAUUAUAGUCUGAAAUGGCUAAUACUGCUGGCAUUGUCAGAUGCUGUCAAUUUCAAAACAAUGGUUGUUAAGCAUUGUGCCACAACAAUGUCCAACUUGAGUGAACAUCACCUGGAUCAGAGAAAAGUAGAAAUUACCAUAUAAACUCUGCUACAUUACAUUUCAGACAGAAAUCCCAUUUAAUUGCACUAAACCCUUAAGUGUCUUUAUGUGUGUCCUGCACUGAGAGCUGAUGAUGCAAGUACGAUGCGAGUACAAACACUGAUCUUUGUCGGCCAGAGAGAGACAGGGAUUCUCCAAUAUUGAGAUGUGACCUUUUAUAAAAGAGAGUGUUAGACUAAUGUGUGGUAAUAUUUCUACUCUACUACCCCUUUAUAACAAACAAGCUCAAAGAGAUGUGAUAUAGUUAGAAUCAUUUCAAAGCGUUCAUAUGCUCAUCACUUAACUCUAGUUAAAGAGACAUCUGUAAUUACAUGUUUGAAUGCAAAACACUUUCAGUUUAUUGAUUUUCUGGUUGUGUUUCAAUUCCUGGAUGUAGGAUUUAAUAGGCGCAAUGGAGGACACAUACAAUAAAAUACAAUCUGUGUACAAUUCAAUACAAUGGUCCUGCAACAAAUACUAUCUUUGUGAAUCUUUAAGAUGGUACUUUGUAUAGGGGGUGGACACAACAGGAAUACCUGACAACAGUCCAAACAACAUCUAACAAUGUCGUUUUGUGAUGCUAACAAUGUUCACAUAAGAUGUCAGUGUUCAGAAGGACUUCAUAGAUUAGAUUUUAGGUACAUUAAGCACCACUUACUUCUUUUCUCAUGAUAUCAAAGACUGAUACUGGCGAACUCCCCCCUCCUGUGUCAUGCUUUGUGAAACCAGAGGAGACAAAACGCUGAGGCUGCAUUAAUGGUUGCCUCAUACCUCUCAAAGUCAAAGCAGCUGUAUUUUCACCACAAAUCUCUCAACAGGACUAACAUCUGUGAAACGUCACAGCUAAUAUCUGACUACAAUCUCAGUUUCAUUAACUACUGACUAUGGAUUAAUUAACUUAUUUCAGUUGUAUCUAGGAAAUGUUGAUAUAUUUAUUCAAUUAAAAAUGUCUGUGUAAUAUGUAAAA